GAACGCUCUCGAGCCGACGUAACACAUUUUUGAAUGCUAGUACACCCCUAUAUCCUCUUACAUUGCUUUAAUGAGGAAGACACAACGCGCUCCACGUAGUUGCAUCCCUUGCACUUCCCGCAAAAUCAAAUGCGACAAGUUGAUACCAUGCAGGACCUGUAUUCGCCGGGGCCGGCAGGAGGAUUGCGUCCGAGAAACAGUCCUCGUUCGAGGCGAGAUUAUAGCUUACCGAGAUGGCUUACAGCAGCCGACAUAUGAGGAUCUAAAGCGCGAGAAUGAGCACCUAAGAGGGGAACUUGCAACACUUCAAGCACACCAAGCAAACAUCCGCUCACGUUUGCUGUCCGCACCAGAGACCGGCGAGAAAGAUAUUGAAUCGUGGGAAUACCAGCAGUGGAAGACGAGUUUCGAUGAUGACCAGGACGGACUAGACCGAAAGCUUUGGGACACUUUAGCAUCCGAACCACAAGCCAUUGAUUCACAGGUCAUGACUUGGAAUGACAUUGUGUUGCCAGUAAAGUCGUGCCACGAUCAGCUUAUCGAUUACGACGAGAAGUGGAACUCUUGGAUUCAUUAUGCUCUCGAAUAUCCAAGAUUUCGCAAUGAGUGUGAUGAUUUCACAGCAGCAAUGGUGAGCGGGGCUUCCCUUGCGCAACUGGAUCCACUCUGGUUAGCGGUAUAUUUCAGUGUUCUCAGUGUAUCACUACUCAUGACGGACGAUAAGACAGCUGCAGGGCUUGCCGUAAACGAAUCCAUCUCACACCAUACCCUUAGUCGAAACUGGUACAAUGCAGCGGUAUUUUGUCUACGUCAAGCCGAGUUUAUGCAAACACCAGGUAUACGGUCUGUGCAGGCAAUAGCUGUUCUAGGUAUCUGCUGCAACAAUUUCGGGGAGUCCGACUUUGGUGGUCAUCUGUGGUCAUGUGCGAUACUCAAUGCAAAGACGAUUGGCCUCGAUGCACCGGUCUCAAAAGUGGCUACCGAGCAACUAAGCGAAGAAGCGCAGCAUCGCCUCUGGUGGACUCUGGUCAUAUGCGAAUGGUUACGACAUCCCUAUCGUCCUCCAGCCAUCAACGACUUCGACUUCGACAUCCCUUAUCCCCAACCUCCAAUUCUUUCGCCUUCCACCGACUCUAAUAAAACCAGAGAACACCCCGUACACUAUCACAUCUUCAUGGCCAGAGCGUCAAAGGUCUAUCAUCGCUUCUGUAGAGCCGUACGACUUGGAGUCACUUCACUUGAAUCUAUGAUUCGGGCUGUGAGACUUGCAGAUGAAGAACUUGCGGGUAUCAUUGUUACGCUACCGAAUCAUCUCCAGCCAGAUGCGGAGCUAGCAGGUCGCAAAGACGCCUCGCACGAGACUGAUUUGUCUGAGUCAUGGAUCAAGUGGCAACGUUUUGAUCUUACCCUCGUACUUCUGCAUCUUCGCAUUCGAAUAAACAGGACUCUUCAGGUGCAGUGGCUGUCGACUCCAGGUGUGAUUAACACCGACUGGGCAAGAACUGUUACCGUCAGAUCCGCCACCAGCAUAAUCUGGAUCCAUAAGAACUGGGAUCAACCAUCAUCGAUGAGAAAGCAGUGGUAUGUAUGCCCCCAGCGUGUAGGGGCUAUUUCAAUGCUUUCGUUUCACAUUCUCAAUGAUUGUAGGGCCCUAUCCUACCAUAUCUUUACGGCCGCAAUCGUACUCCUCCGGGAGUGGCAAGAUGACGAUCCAAAUUUUCAAAGCGAGCACCGCGAAGGUCUGUAUGCAGCAUUAGAUCUAAUGAAACAGGUCGAGUCACGUAAUGCAUUAGCACGUCACGCCUUUACGGUGCUUCGGGAAAGAAUGGAUGAGAUCGGUUUCUCGUAAAAUCUCCACAUACGCACGCUUGCCUUCUAGCAAAAGCCGCAUCACGACACAUCGUUGAAUCCGAACGCUUUUCGUGCCUCAUAGCUAAGCCCUUCUAGGCCGAUGUACCCCUUCAAUCGUCUCUCGUCUGAGUCUGUCUCAUCACCAGCAGCGU